ACAUUUAUUAAUAAUAAAUUAGAAUAAUGCUGCUAAUUUAAGCAAACUACAUAGUAUAUACAUAAGUUAUAACCACAUCAUAUGGGACACCCAUAUGUUUUAUAGAAAUUAGCUUAGUACAAUAAAAGAUCCCGAAUUUAUUUUAGAGUUUAAAAAAUUUGGCCAAAAUGGAUUGUAAUGAUUUAGAAAAUGAGGCACAAACAGUGGUAAAAUUUUUGGAAGCUCAUGUCCCCCGAUCCGAUAUAGUCAACAUUAGAACAGAACUUAAAAAGGACUUUUUACUUGGUAAGACAAAAACCAGGGAUCGUAAACUCAAUUUAAGAAAACGAAAAACGAGAUUAUUAACACGAAAAGAGAAGAAGAAUUUGGGUUUCUAUCUCAUUCCAAGAGGAAGUAUUAAAUAUAUUGAUAUUGAACCUCUACAUAAAAUUUGGGUAGAUUAUGUUAGCCAAAUGCUGGAACUUGAUAAAUCUGUUCCAGAGGUAACAAGCAAACAAUGGGAGCAAUUUACACAAACACUAUAUAAAGCAGACUUUAAUGGAAGCAUGUUGGAAGUUGUCCGUUCAAAGUGUCCUAGCUAUGUUGGUAAAAAAGGUAUCUGCAUUAUGGAUACAAAAAAUACCUUUAAAAUUGUAUCACCUAAUGAUUUAGUCACAACUAUACCAAAAAAAGAAAGCAUAUUCAAUGUGUACAUAAAAAGUUUGAAACUUAUAGUAUUUGGAAAACAUUUUUGUAUCAGACCAGCAGAAAGGUCAAGUAAAAAGUUUAAAAGUAUACUUCAUCCAGAUUUAUGAGUAAGGAUUUUGUAAACUUGUGUAUGGUUUUAUUUUGUUGACAAAUUAUGCAUAAGAGGAAUAAAAAAAUGUAUUCUUA